CGUGACCGUCCUUCGACAGGAGUUUCCACGACAGCUGAGUAGCAGCUAAAUGCGUCUUUUCACCUGUAACAUUGAUCCUUCUGAACUCCGGCGAGUCCAAUUUUUAAAACAAUGGGAGACAAGAAGAGCCCCACAAGGCCGAAGCGGCAGUUGAAGCCCUCCUCAGACGACGGCUUCUGGGACUGUAGCGUGUGCACGUUCAGGAACAGCGCCGAGGCUUUCAAGUGCUUGAUGUGUGAUGUCAGAAAAGGGACGUCAACGCGAAAACCACGUCCUGUUUCUCAGCUGGUCGCACAACAAGUAAAUCAGCAGUUUGCACCACCAGCACAUCCCAAAAAGGAGAAGAAAGAAAAAUCGGAGAAAGAAAAGAGUGACAAAGAACCAACACAGAAGAAGAAAAGUCAUAAAAAGAUAAGGCCCAGGUUAAAAAACAUAGACCGGAGUAGCGCCCAGCACCUAGAGGUCACAGUUGGAGACUUGACAGUCAUUAUCACAGACUUUAAGGAGAAAGCCAAACCCAUGUCCACUUCAACAAGCGCUGCCUCAGCAGACCAACACAGUCAAAGUGGCUCAAGCUCUGAUAACACUGAACGAGGGGUCUCCAGAUGCUCUUCUCCCCAUGGGGAAGGCUCAUCGUCGAUUAAUGGAGAGACUCACUAAUGUUGACACUUUCAGUCUGCACAGCCCCAUCAUUCUUCUGCACUCUCAACCAGAGAUUAAACCUCAACAUGCACGUUGUGUUUUUUUAAUAAUACUAAAAAAAGCCAGUAAGAUAGCAUUCGUCUCCAUUUGGGGUUGUACUUUUCACCACCACCAAUGAUGUUAAAGAAUUCCAAAUCAGGAUAUUUGUUGUACACUCAAUUCAAAGAAGUGUCACAAAAAGAUCAAGCCUGGUGAAAGGGAAAGAGAAACUGUAGCAUGAAGCCCAGGAUAUCAGUAGAACCGUGCCACAUGUGGUGAAGUGUGUUUUAACACCUCAGUGUUACUGUAGCAUCACACACAGUUGGAGGUUUGCAGCACAGAAAUAUUAUGAAAGAAAAUAUGAAGAAGUCAUCUCAGAAUUUUAGGUUAACCUUGAAUUAUGUUAUUCUUAUUUGCACUUAAUGGCAUCCUGUGUUCAUGGUAACAUUUUGUAGCAUUAUUUCAGCUGUCAGUAUAUCAUAACACUGUUGGUAAAUGGCAAUAUCCAGCUCUUAUUGUAUGUCAUUGGGUGCCAAUCAUUGUUUUACGGUCUAACAUAUGAAUAAUGAUAUGCUUCUUCUUCACUUGGUAGAAUUAAGCAUGAUUUAAUCUAUAGAAUGGUUUAUAUUGUCAAAUAAUGUUGAAUAAAAUAAGUUGUAGACAUA